AAUACCCCAUCAGCUGAGCCCUAUUGUGUGUGGUGACCAAUGGGAGGUGAGAUCAUUAACACUCCUGCCUCCAACAUGGAUUGAUUAGGAAAACCUGGGAGUAGGCUGCAGUCCACACUCGGAAGUUUGACCUUUUGAAGGAGGGUGCUGGUGAGAUACUGGAGGAAUUUAAUUGAUGGCAUUACUCGAGGGCUGCUCACAUUUUCACACAGUCUGAAACUCUACUGGCUCCAACUUCACUCCAUCUCCAAACAUUAUCUAGAGCACAGCCAUUUGUGAGAGUUUUACUUUUUCAAACAUUAUUAUUAGCAUGGACCUGCUUAACACUGCUACUUAACAGCAGCUCGUUGGGGAGGUUUGUGUUUUCGUUGUGGUGGGAUUGCUUGAUUUAGGAGGAUGUCUGAUCGCCCAGAGAGUCCUCCAGAAGACUGCAGUAACCGGGCAUACGAGCUGUCCAGGCCCAUGUCCUCGUACUCUUCAGCGCCGGGACAUGAAGGCCUGCAGUUUGCGCACAGCAUGCUCCAAGAUCCGGGCUUGCUCUUCAACAAGGGGCCUUUUAACAGCCUCAAUGCUGCUCACACGCAGACGUUUUUCUCUUUCCCGCCGGUCGGAGGAGACUUCAGGCACAACGACGUGCAGGUGGCUGAUUUUACGCAGCCCAAGCCCUGGUACCCGUUUACGGCCCCUGAGUACACGGGGCAGGUGGCAGGGGCCACUGCGGCUACACAGCCCGCUAACCUGAGCCCUCCUAUCGCUGAGACCCGGGAGCAAAUUAAGAUGCCCGAAGUCAAGACCGAGAAGGAUGGGAGUGAAGAGUACGGCGGCGCCGAGACCAAACUUCAGCCACAGUUUCUCGGACCGGGGACCUCCGUGCCCGCCGGCGUGUACUAUCCCACCUCUGCCCCGUGGACUCCGUCUUUCUGGCCUGGUCUCUCUCAUAUCACAGCCCCGACUACUGUGGCGCAAGCCCCACCAACCCCGUCUGCGUCCUCUCCUUCUUUGUCACCUUCUCCACCCGGGAACGGCUUCGGAAGUCCCGGCUUUUACAGCGGAGCCGCCGCGCAGAACAGCAGCACCGCCGCCGCCGCCCAGGUGCAGACCAGCGCCCGCAGCAGCGGCUCCUCCAGCGGCGGCUGCAGCGACUCAGAGGAAGAGGAGAACUUGACUACAGAGGAUCUGGAGCAGUUUGCCAAAGAGCUGAAGCACAAGCGCAUCACACUCGGCUUUACACAAGCAGACGUCGGACUUGCGCUUGGGAAUCUCUAUGGAAAGAUGUUCAGUCAGACAACCAUCUGUCGCUUUGAAGCUCUUCAGCUCAGCUUUAAGAACAUGUGCAAGCUCAAGCCGCUGCUCCAGAAAUGGCUGAAUGAAGCAGAAACUUCAGAAAACCCGCAAGAUAUGUACAAAGUUGAGCGGGUUUUUGUCGACACAAGAAAAAGAAAGAGGAGGACCAGUUUGGAGGGUUCAGUCCGCACUGCCCUCGAGUCGUACUUUCUCAAGUGUCCCAAGCCCAACACUCUGGAAAUAACGCACAUAUCUGAUGAUCUCGGCUUGGAGAGAGAUGUGGUGCGCGUAUGGUUCUGCAACCGCAGACAGAAAGGCAAGCGACUGGCUCUGCCCUUCGACGAAGAGGGCGCUGAGGGUCAGUACUACGAUCAAAGCCCAACACCACCUCCGCACAUGGGCGGCACGCCCGUCUCGGGUCAGGGUUACCCAGGACCCGGUCACGCCGGCGGCAUGCCGACACUGUACAUGCCACCUCUUCAUCGACCGGAGGUCUUCAAACAGGCCCUGCAUCCUGGACUAGUGGGUCACCUCUCUAGUUAAGCUGACUGUCUAGCCUUUACCCCAUUUCCAACACUAGGGCAUGGGGCUGGGCCACAAAAUGGGAAGUUGCAUGGUGCUCAGUUGCUCUGGGUGAAAUAGAUAGACUUUUCCUCUUUGAAACAAUGCUACAUUCAGCUUGUUUUGUUGCUCUAAACAUGCAAUGUCAUUGAAAUCUGAGCCUUUCUGGUUCAGAAAUGAACACUGUUUGGCAGUAUAUAAUGUACUCAAUGGAUCAGAUCAGAGGGUUUUGAAAUUUAAACUACUUGAUCAAACGCAUUUGCACAAGUCAUGGUUUUUUGUUUUGAAACAUGAUUUUAAAGUUUGUUUUAAAUGUGCAACCCCCCACACCUUCCUUAAAUUUCCUCCAAACUGUAUAUAUAUUCAUUCCCUUUCUAUUUUUUAGAUGAACUUUUAACUGUUUUUUUUUUUUUUGUGAUUUCAUGGGUAAGAAGAUAAGACAUUUGUCAAAGGUUUUGUUUGUUUUUAUUCUGGAUCCUUUUGUUUGGAUUGACACACAUGGAUAAGUAACAGAUUUGGUAUGUAAAAAUGAAGCUGGCCUUUGAAAGGGCAUUAAACACUGCUUCCUCAAGGCUGUAUUUUGUAACUUAGCCUUGCACAUGUUGAACUGUUUGUGUUUUGAAUGUUUUAUUGACAUAUGUGCCUUAUUCGCCUAUCACAUCUUGAUGAAUACUCUUGUAUACAACCCUGUAAAUGAUGUGAAAUUUGAUAAUUUAUUGACCAGUUGCAGUGAUGAAUUUCUUUCCUGAAAAUUGACAAGUACAUUUCCUCACUUGGAGUGUUAGCAAUUAAAACAAUUCCUUUGACAGUU